AUGGCGCCCAAGAAGGGCAAAGAGUCCCUUUUGGAUCUCUGUAACCGCGCCACGACACAAGGCAACAGCAUAUCGGUGCGCAUGCUCGAAUACUUGAGUACCGUCAAGGAACCUCCGCAUGGCUUUCGCGAGCUGGCAAUCAACUUCCUCGACAUCUGCCGUGUGCUUUACUCCAUCGAGGCCGGUCUCUCUGCGGCUUCACGGGCACACAGUCAAUUCCCGAAUGACAUGCAACUGGAGCUGGACAAGAAGUUCCGGCAAACCGCCGAUGACUUCAUCGUUCUCAACCAGAUGCUCGUCAAGUUCCUGGAGUACGAGAAGAAGGGAGGCUUUGGGAAGCUCAAGAAAGGAUGGCAUAUGAUGUUCGCCGACACGGACAUCCACAAGAUGAGAGACUCCCUCGCCAAGAGUCGAGACGCCUUGGGCAUGAGCGCCAUGGUAUUCAGAUGGUACCUUGGGGACGCAAAAGCCGACGAGUCUCUCGGGAUCGGCUACACAGGACUUGCUGCCGUUCUGGAGCGUAUGAGCCCUUCCUCCGUCAGACAAGCAUCGCCAACGGCGGUGAAGCCUGCACUCUCUCCGUCUGCAUUUCCUCCACCAUCUUCCGACAUAGCGACUCAGCUGCCACCAUUGCCAGCGUUGCCGAUGGUGGAGAAAUUGUCACUGUCGGAGAAGAUAUCCGAUUCGAAUCUGCUGGCUCGCCUCGAGCAGGACCCAGACACGUUGUCGGCUCUGCCUGGCAAUUCUAGGCAUAGUUUCAGCCGACCGGCGCCGAGUACCAGGUCCAGCAAAAUGACGGUGAACUCUGCUACAAGAGAUCUUGCUGCGCUCAAGGAUGAAAGCUCGCGGACCGAGACUGCUGUCGAUGACCACUUGUCCGUCAAUACAGCGGAUUCGUUCGCCCAGAUCGAAGACAUGAUCCACGAAAUCGGGCAGGACAAGCCCUCCUCGCCCGGAUCCCGCGUGAAGGCGGAUCCAGCUUCGGUGCCGCGCUGGACUCCCAAGCAGACUUCAGGGGCCAACUCCGCAGCCCUCAAGUCGACAUUGUUGAACGCGGUCCAGCAAAAGAAGCAUAAGCUGGUCGAGCAGCUCCUCGAUUGCGGCGUCUCUCCCGACGGUGAGAACGGGCACAACCUUCUUCGGGAAGCCGUGCUUCAGCGGGAUACUGAGAGCGUCCGACUGCUUUUGCUUUUUGGCGGUGACCCGAAUGGGCUGGACAGGAACAGACACAGCCCUCUUCUGACGGCAACAGAGCUGUCGUUUCUCGACGCCGUUAAGCUGCUCCUCAAGUACGGUGCUGAUCCCAACCUCCCAGCGGGCCCGGAUGCAGAAAGUCCUCUAGCACUUGCCGUCAUCGAGCACAAGUUGGAGUUGGUGAAGCUCUAUCUCACGUAUGGCGGGGAUGCCAACCUGACCACUUCCGACAAUGAUACUCUUCUGCACAAAGCCAUCAACAAAAAGAACCCCAAGCAGCUAGCCGAGCUUCUCAUUGAAUAUGGUGCUGACGUGAACGGCAAGAACGCAGAGGGAGAAACGUCUCUUUUCGCAGCCAUUCAGGCGAAAAGGCUCGAUCUCAUGUUGGUCCUCCUUGACAGCGGAGCCAAUCCUAAUCUGCCAGGUCCAAAGCACCUCUUGUGGCCAUCGACCUAUCAGCCCAAGGCACUUCAACUCCUGCUUUCGCGAGGUGCUGAUACCAAGAAGUGUCCAGGCCUCCUCGAGCUCGCCACCAGUCUCAACAACAUAGAGUCAGUCAAUAUCCUGCUCAAGGCCGGAGUUGACCCCAAUGCCAGGAAGGAUGGCGUUUAUACGCCGCUCUGCUCCGCGAUCCGUGACAACCGCAGCGACCUGGUUUCACUGCUCCUCGCCAAUGGCGCCGACGCCAACGUGAUGGCCUCGGAGUAUCCGGCCUUCAAAUGCGUGACUCAUCAUCGCACGCAUUUCCUUCCACAGCUUCUGGCUGCGGGUGCCAAUCUGAACAAGCCUCGGGGCAUCAUCGAGAAGGCCGUCGCGCAUAACAAUAGGGAUGCGUUCAUGUGGUUACUGGAUCAAAACGUCAGCCCUAAUGACAGGAGUGCCGAAGGUUAUACUCCAUUGACUACAGCGAUUCGUGAUGAUCGCAUCGAAUUCGUCGACCUUCUCCUUGCGAAUGGCGCAGACCCAGGAAUCCGAGGUCAGGAUUGGCCUAUCUGCAUGGCGGUGAAGAGACCGGAGAUUCUUCGCAAGAUCCUACCUGCAAUGCACAAUCCACGAGCGGUCAAAGGUGUCAUGGAAAUGGCAGUGGUCGCCAACCAGCUGGAGAGCAUCAAGCUCCUCUUGAAAGCGGGCAUCAGCGUCGAAGACAAGACCGGCGGUGUCUUCUCGCCGCUGACGACUGCGCUGCGAGAACAAAACAAGGAAAUCGUCCGGUUCUUGGUUUACGAAGCCAACGCCGAUGUCAACGCGCCUGGCGAGCACCUGCCUAUCAUCAAGGCCAUUCGCAGGUGUCCACCCAACGAUACCGAAAUGAUUGAAAUGUUGUUGGACAAGGGGGCGGAUAUCAACUACAUGUACCGCGGCUGGAACGCGGUGCUCCAGGCGGUGGAAUCGGCCGACGCCAAGAUUUUGAAAAUACUUGUCGAGAAAGGGAAUGGUGUUGACCUGCAAGUCCGAGACGACUCGGGCAGAACGGUGAUGGAAAUCGUGGAAGACCGCGGCUGGGACGAAGCCGUCAAUAUCUUGCUCGGUCGAUCGGGAAGCCCGGCGAGUAGAUGA